AUGCAAAGAAUACAUAAACCAAAAAAAUUUGAGGAAAUUGGUUCUGAGGAAAGUCAUGUUGUGGAAAGUUAUGAGAAACGUAUUCAUGGUACUGAUACAAUUGAACCUCAUCGUGAAUAUUCAACAAAUCAAUAUACUGAAAGAAAAACUUUUGGUAGAGAUGAGAAUGGAGAAAUUAUUGUAAAAAUUGAAAAAGAUCCAAAAGAACCUGUUAGACCUGUUACUCCUGUACAACCGGUACAUCCAAUUGAUGGAAAAAAUGAUGAAAAAUUUAUGAAACCUUUACCACCACUUGAAUUAUUACAUAUACCAAGAGUUGAUGUUAAAAAACCACUUAAAAGUCCAAAAACAUAUAGUAAUAGUGGGUCACCUCAACCAUCAAUGUCUAUUCAUAAUUCUCCACAUUCAGGAAAAUCAUCUUUAAAUAGACAAAAUAUUGAAUCAUUUUCACCUCGAUCUUUUGUAUCUAAUACAUCAUCAGAAUUAAUAUCACCAAUAAAAAAAGUAACUACCAAAAAACGUCUUGUUAGCAUUCAUGAUGGUAGACCUAUUUCACCAUUCAUUGAAACAGUAACAUAUGAACCAAAUGAUAAAUUUUUAUCACCAAAUAAAAUUAAUAGUAUCUCUCCAAAUCAAAGUAUGAUGUCACCAAUAAGUAAAUAUAAACAAAAUGGUUAUAGAAAUGAUAAUUAUUCUACUGAAUUUUAUAAUUCUCCAAGUCCAAUGUAUUCUCCUAGACAAUUUAAUACACCUAAAAGAAAAUCAAUUGAUGAUGGUGCUUAUGUAAUUCAAAAUCCUCUUUAUUCAGAUUAUUGA